AUGGAUUCAAACAUAGUAACUCUUAUUGAACAAUCAAAAAAAUACAAUAGUUCUAAGACAAAUUUUUUCAAAACAAAGUUGUUUGUAAGCAACAAUCAUUCUCCAAAUAGAGAAUAUACAAAACAUGUUGCAUAAACAGAAACUGUUUAAUACAAUCGAUAUUAAUCAAAGGAAGUUAAUUCAGGAAGAAAUUCAAAAAAGAUAUCUUUUAACACUUAUUUGUUAAACUUAGCAAAAUAGAAUAUUGAUUAGUUUCCAAAAGUUAAAAGUGAUUUUGCAAAUAUUUAAAUGGUAGAUCUGCAAGUAUUAAUUGAAUAUACUAUAUAGGAUAAUAGGUUUAGGUUGUUUCCAAAAGAAUUAUAUUAAAUGAAAAAAGUCUAAAUAAUGAACCUAAAUUCAAAUUUCAUAAAAGUGUUACCUGAUGAUUUAUUCGAGAAUUUUCAGUCUCUCAUAAAUUUUUCAAUUAGCAAUAAUUUAGUAGUGAUACUUCCAAAAAAGAUAUCUUAUUGGCAAUCACAUCUAGAGAUAUUAGAAUUAAGUAAAAAUAGAUUAUAAAAACUUUAUCCAUUAAUAAGUCUAAUAAAUUUAAGAUCUCUCUUUAUAUAAUCAAAUGAAUUCUAAUACAUUCCAAUAGAAUUUUAAAAUUUAAAGAAAUUAAAUGAAUUAGGAUUAGAUUGGUUUAAAUAUCUAAACCCUCCAAUAGAUCCAAUUGUGAAUAAACUUUACAUAGAGAAAUUGUUCUCUUGUUUAGAAGAUAAAAAAAAUAAAGAUGUUGAAGAUCCCUCUCAAAUUAAUGUAUCAGUAUUAUUGAUAUCAAGUUUAGUGAUGAAGAGUAUAGUUCAAUAAUAGGAAUGAGUUUUUAAGACUUUCUUGUUCAAUUUUCUAAUAUUUAGUUAAAUAUCCUUCCUAAUCCAUAAGGAGGAGAUAAAGAGUAUUCCACUACAAUCUUACAUAAGGCAGCUGUUGAAUAAGAUAUAGGUGCUUUAUUAUCAUUAAUAUCUUAUUAUCCAGAAAUAGUAGAUUGUCAAGAUUAGAGACAGAAUACAGCCUUAGGAUUGGCAAUAUAAGAAGAAAAGUAUUUUAGUGCAAAAGCUCUUAUAUUUAAUGGAGCAUCUGUUAAUACAAAUGCAGCUAAAUUCGGAUCAAUUUUAAAUUUAGCAAUUGUAAAAGGAUAAAUUCAUUUAAUACUUGAUAUUCUAUCUUAAGGUGCAGAUCCUAAUUAAAUAGAUGAAAAAGGGAAUACUGCUUUACAUUAUUGUAUGGCAUGUUUUGAUAAAGAUGUUUCAAUUUAUAAAUAGGCAUUUAAUGCUCUAUUAAAAAAGAAUAUUAAUCUAAAUGCACUUAAUCAAGAUGGAUGGAGUCCAUUACAUAUUGCAGUUAAAAAAGGUAAUACUGAUGCUAUUUCAGCAGUUAUUUAACAUAAUAACAUGAAAUAAUAAAAAUUUGAUUUAAAUCUUAAAGGUGGUAAGAAACGCUAAACUCCUUUGCAUUUAGCUUGUUCAAAUUGUCAUUUUGAAAUUGUUACUAUACUAUUAAAUUAAUCAGAAGUCAAAUUGUUCUGUAGAAAUAAACUAAAUUAGACUGCCUCUCAAUGUUGUUUACAUAAUUAUAGAAUUUAUAAAUUAAUCAAAAGAUAUGAGUAUGAAUAAUUAUAUCGACUCCAUCGAAAUUGGUAAAUAUAAGAUUAAGAUGAAUAUUCUGUAAAAGAUAAUGAUUCCUAUACUGAUUUAGAUGAGAGUAUUUAAUUGUUCGAUGGUUUAUAACUAAAAUAAAUUAAGAUUAAUAGAUCAGUAUUAGGUUGUCGAGAAAGAGCUACUGGAUGUAAAUUCAGAUUCUCUAGUUAACCACCUUAAAAAUGA